AUGAAGAGGAAGCACGCAGACGAGUCUGCACCCAAGGGUGAAAGCGAAAAGCGCGCAAAGACACAACAGCCCGCCAACAAUCUCUCUUUCGCUGACCUUGGCCUCGAUACGAGGCUGGUCCAGGCUGUCGCCGCGGAGAGCUUUAAGGAGCCAACACCAGUGCAACAGAAGGCAAUCCCACUUGCCCUUGAUGGCAACGAUGUCGUUGCCAAGGCUCCUUGUGGCUCCGGAAAGACUGCAUCCUAUGUUCUUCCGGUGUUGUCCAGCAUUCUCAAGCGCAAGAGUACCGAUUCUUCCCCUGCAACGACCGCCCUCAUACUUGUCCCGACUCGCGAGCUGGCCGAUCAGGUUUUGAAAGCUAUUGAGCAGUUUUCGGCGUACUGCGCGAAGGAUAUCCAUGCCGUCAAGCUAGUUGACAAGAUCUCGGACGCCGUCCAACGCUCCCUAUUGUCCAACUUCCCUGAUGUUGUCAUUUCCACACCAGCCACCGCAUGGCGCAACAUUCUUAACGACGCCUUGUCCCUCGAGAAACUUUCAUGCCUUGUCCUUGACGAAGCGGAUCUGAUUCUGUCAUACGGCUACAAUGAGGAUCUCGAAAACAUUGCCAGAAAGCUGCCAAAGGGUGUCCAGAUUCUGAUGAUGAGUGCGACCCUUUCAACAGAUGUUACAUCGCUGCAAGGAAUCUUUUCCCGGAAACCCACGGUGCUUGAUCUCGAUGACGAAGAGACGGAGGGCGACAGCCUUUCACAGUUUGUUGUCAGCUGUGGGGAGGACGAGAAGUUUUUGUUGGCGUUCAUUAUCUUCAAGCUGAAGUUGGUGAAGGGCAAGUGUCUAAUCUUUGUGAACGAUGUCGACCGGUCAUACCGUCUGAAGCUGUUUCUCGAGCAGUUCCAGGUCCGAAGCUGUAUUCUGAACUCAGAAUUGCCAGUCACAUCCAGAGCCCAUGUUCUCGAAGAGUUCAACAAGGGUGUAUACGACAUCAUCAUUGCGUCCGAUGAGAAGAGCGCAAUGGGUGCUGAGGAGAAGGAUGAAGAGGAGGAGGGCGGGGAAGACCAAAAAGAGAAGGAGCCCAAGAAAAAGAAGAAGUCAUCAAAGAAGGACGAUGAAUUUGGCGUUUCUCGAGGUAUCGACUUUAAGAAUGUGGCGGCGGUUGUGAACUUCGAUCUUCCGACAUCAGCAUCAUCAUACACGCACCGAAUCGGCCGUACAGCGCGUGCUGGAAGGACAGGCAUGGCUCUGUCCUUCUACGUUCCCAAAGACCUAUACCGCAAGCACUUGCCGACCAGCAUCGAGACCGCAGAAAACGACGAGAAGGUGCUGGCUAAGAUCAAGAGACAGCAAGCAAAGAAGGGCAAGGAAGUAAAGCCUUAUAAUUUCAAGAAGGAGCAUCUGGACGCUUUCCGGUAUCGUCUGGAUGAUGCUUUGCGAGCAGUGACAAAAGUGGCUGUUCGAGAGGCGCGUAUGAGAGAGCUUAAGCAGGAGUUGUUGAAGAGCGAGAAGCUGAAGAGAUACUUUGAGGAGAACCCCACGGAGUUGCAGCAUCUUCGCCAUGACGGAGAGCUGAGAACAGCUAGACAGCAGCCUCACUUGAGGCAUGUGCCCGAAUAUCUACUUCCCAAGGAGGGUAAGGAUUCACUCACUUCAAACGACGUCGGGAUGGUGCCAUUCAGAAAGGUUGGCGGCAAGUUGAGGAAUAAGAAGGGCAAGUUCGGCCGCGGCAAGAAGGUGGGAACGAGGAAAAUCAACCCUUUGAAGACUUUCAAAGCAAGACGGAAAUGA